AUGAAGGAAAUCUCUGACGAUAAAAAACACUUUGAAGAAUCGCAGAAAAAUAAUACAUAUAUUUCUGUACACAUUCAACCAAAAUCAUCAAAUCGAUUAUCAGAUGCCAACGAACCAAUUACAAAAUCAAAUGAACAAGUUCAAGAUAAUAAAAUAAUAGGAAAGGAAAACGAUCCACAAAAAUAUUUUGUCAAGUGUAAUAAAUCUGAUCAGCCAUUAAAAAAAUUUUGUAAGGAGUGUAAAAAUUAUCGAACUAAAUUAAAAGUUACAAAAUUAGAUGAGCAAAUUGCUGAAAAUAAAAAGUUAAACGAGAAGAGUGCAGAAAUUACAAGCUAUGUAUCAAAAUUUGUUGCUCUUUUUGGUUUGAAUGAAAAAAAUGAUGCUCAAAAAGGACAAAAACAACACUUAUGUACUAAAAAAUGCCGUACAAAUCACGCUAAGCAUUACUUAUCAUCACAAGAACAUAUUACGAAAAAAUAUGACGUUGGUAGAAAAUCAAUGAGUAAAGAUAUCGUGAAUUAUGAGAACGGUGAAAAUAGAACAAUAGAAAGCUAUUCAGCACAUUCAAUAGAAAAAUAUAAGACAAAACCGGCAACACCACCACCUAAUUUUAGAAAAAAGUAUUCGAAACGGAUUAAGGAAAACGAAGACGAAGACGAUGUUUUAUCAAAACUAAGCUUAAACAGUACGAAGUGUAGAAAAAAUUGUGGAACGUUCGAUCAAUCGAUGACGAGAGAGAAACGUUUUAAGGUCGAUAAUGAAAAAUUAUUGGAUAUAGAAUUAAUAAAAAAAACAACGAAUAUUAAGCGAAAGCAAGAAUUAAAAACCGAAGUAAAAGCAAAUCGUAAACAUUUAAUUCACAUGCAACGAAUUUUGAUUAAAAAACUGAGUGAACAGAAACCUGAUAAAAAAUAUUCCAGUUCACAAUUCAAAAUUAAAGCAAUUGAAUCGAGGAACGAUGUUAAAGUUGUAAACAAAUCUGAAACAGCAGCAAUGUUAGACCAAGAAGAACAGCUUGUUGAGAAAUCAAAACCAAAGAGUAUACAGAUUACCAAAAAAUUUAUAUAUUUGGGUAAAAAUGGUCAUGUAAGGAAGUAUACAUAUAAACCAGGAAAAAUCCAAGAAAUAUGUCAUGAAAUCAAAGAUGAGGCAAAAGAAGUUCAAUCAAGUUCAAAUACACGUAGGAGUGAAACCAAAGGAAAAUUAAUAAAAAAAUAUAUCCAAUAUCCAACAAUAUUAUGGCCACAUACCUCCUGUGUUGUUGAAAAUUUGGAUUCAGAAUUGAAAUUAGCUCAAUUUUUUGAAAAUAUUUGUGACUCACAACAUAAAUCAUCCAUGGAAAAAAUUAACGAACUUAUAAUUCCAACAUCAAACUUAUUGAAAUGUUAUAAGAAGUCUGACAACCGAAGCACAAAUAUUUCUAACAAGAAGUUUGGUACUACAAUUUCAAAUGAUUUGUCUAUUACCAAUGCAAUUGGUAUUAGAAAUAGUGAUCCAAUAUGUAAACAAGUUUUAUCUGAAAUAUCUGGAUCUGAGCAUCAAUUGAAAAGAAGUCACACAGUACCUUUAUAUUUGGGAGAUUCAAGAUUUAAUUCAGAAACUGCAGUAUGCAGGAAAUCGUUAAAUACAAGGGAUAUUGUCAAUUUUAAUCAUGUUGUAAAAUAUAAAAGAAGAGAGUGUCGUGCUACAGUUAAACAACAAAUGACAUCGAAAACAAGUAUGAUUGAAAAUGAAUGCGCAAUAUUACCAAAAAGUUUUCGACGUAAAAUGAUACGUACUCGUUCUGAAAUUCAAUCAAUCGAAGAAUUCUAUCGACGUUAUCGGCGUACAGCGUCAUUACCACCACCAAAUGUCUCUAAUCCAAAUAGAUCAGCCCAGAAUUCAACAAUAAAUACAAGUUUAAGAUCAAACGCAAAUAGACCAAGAAUGUCAAAAAAUCCAAACAAUAAUAAUUGGAAUCGUCAUACUCAAGCAUCAACAAGUUCUGCCAGAAGUUCAAUUGAUAUUUCAUAUGAUAUAGAAAAACAAUAUAUGGAUUCAAUUAAGCGACAUCUUGAGUAUUUAAAACAAGAACAAGAAAAUAUAAAUAUUAAACGUAAUAAUACUAGAAUAUCAAGUUCAUCAGACACAAAUAGUGUCAGAAGAAGUCAACAAAAUAUGUUUCUACGUAGUCUACCAAAAACUGCAUGUACAGAACUAAAUGAUCCGAUAAAUACAGGAAAAAUACGUUUUUCAAUUGAUGAGAAUAAAAUAACAUCACCGAUAGAGUCGAAGAAUAUGUUGCAAAGAACAUCAAAAUUAAAUAAUAUAAUGAAAAUGAAUAACGAAGUGAAAAGUGAAUAUCAAAAACUCAAAUCAAUUGAAAUCAAGCCAAAAUUAGAAAAAUUAUUACGAAAAUCUGAUAAGUUAUUAAGCUGGCGAUUGACUAAAAAUCUAAAGAAUAUCCAAGAAAUAAAUAAAUGUGAAGAAUCCCCAAGUAUAAUGGUAUCAUGUGAUCCAUUACCAGCUAAUAAUAUAAAAGUAACUGUUUCUUUUGAACAGAGUCCUUUGAAACAAGAAGUAUUCACAGAUAAAACAGUUAAGAGUUACAUAUCAAGUACAGAUUCCAUUACAUCGGAAUCACACAAUUAUAUUCCUGAUCCACCAAAUCAGAAAUCAUCUGAAUCUAUUGAUAAAAAAAAUAUAAAAGCAAAGAAGCAUGUAAGUAUCAGAGUUUCAACAGAUUCACAAGCCGAACUGCAGGUACUGUCGAAUGCAACAACGAGUAGAUCGGCAGAUACAAAAAGAGAGUCAUUGUCAAUGGAUGGUAAUGAAUCAAAGACCGAAAUUGAACUAGCUCUAUUGAAACGUAAACAUCUUGAUGCACUAGAAAGAAUUCGAUCGGAACAUCCAGAUACAGAGGCAGAACAAAUUGAUAGUAACGAAUCAAUGGAUAUUAUUAGCAAAUCAAUAUUAUCGCUAGCGGCUGUCGAUAGUAUAAUUUUGAAAAAAGAAGCUAUACGUCGAAAAUCAUUCCCUAAUCAGAAUAAAAAAACGGAGAAAUAUGAAACAGGACGUGAAUCAAGUGACGAAAAAACUGAAGCCACUGAAGAUUUCCCUUUAGAAUCUUCAGGCGUACCAGAUUAUCAAGGCUUACCAGAUUCUGCUCAUGAAGAUUUGUUAUACCCGUCUAUCAGUCAAAUAAUACAUUAUGAUCCAGACAAAUCAAAUAAAAGAAUUGUUUCAAGUAAAUUAAAGAUAGGUAGUCCGGUAACUCCAAAGUCUAAUAUGGACAUAAGUUCAUUUGUGGAAAGUACUUUAGCAAAGGCUCAUGCCGAAAGAUCGAAUUUAUUCAUGCGCAAAGAUGCAACAACUAAUACGGAAAAAUCGGAUAAUAUGAUCAAGGCAAAUAAGUUUAUGAAUAUAGCAGGUCUACCUAGAAAAAACACGCAAACAAACGAAAAAACAAAUGGAUCUUCCCCGAUUAUAAAAAGUAACUCAUCACUUCUAAAUGAUUACAUGCCUAAUAAAACAAGUACUUCGGCAAGCAUAAGGUUGAAAGAUGGUUCAGGAAAUUUAAGAAGGGGGAGUAGUGGGAAGUCUUUCUAUUUAAAACGUUCUGAAGUUGAUUUGAAUGAAAGGUUUAGUAAAAUAAUUUUCUUGGAAAAUGAAGAAGCUGCAGCUAAGAAUAAAUCUACUACAUUACCAAAUCUUGAAAUAUUAGCCGAUUCGAACACAAGUUCAAAUGUUCCUUCACUUACGAAUAUCAAUUCUAAGUUAAAGAAAAUCGAUUUGGUUGAUGAUACAUCUCUUACAGAAACAGAAAGAUUCAACUUGAUACUGAAUUCAUAUACUACAUUAAAAAAACUUAUCGCUAAACCAACAGAGGGCGAACUAACGGAAGGAUUACCUCCAAAUGUUUUACGCAAUGGCAAAAUUUUACCUGGUGCAACUUAUUCGGUAAAUUCAGACGAAUUUAGAGAUUUUAUUUUGGACAACGAUAAAUUGAGUUCACAUUCUGAGAUAACAAUUGAGGCAUUAAGUUCAAAUCCAGAAGAAUUUACUCAUUCCGAAAGUCAUCUGCGUUUUAAUAUGCCGGAGUCGAAUGAACAACUUGUAGAAGAAGCAAGUUCUACUCCGCUUACAAAGGAAAUCAGUUCUAUGAAAUUAAGGUCAUUCCAAAAACCAGAUUGUAAUUGUGAAGAUAAAAGUAAAACAUUAAUGGAAGAAAUAUUAAGACAAGCUAAUUGUACAUGUUUUAAACAUGGCAAAGGCAACAUUUUAGAAACAUGUACUUGUAUCCAAAAGACUGACAAAUUGCAAUAUAUACAAGUGGUAUGUGGACACAUAUCUGACAAGGACAGAUGUCGAUGUAAAAUGGAUGAUUUUAAUGGAUCACAGAGACAAAUAGAAUCGUUUCGCUCCACGUCAUUGGGUAAUGGCGUGAGUCAAAUUUUGAGUGCACCCAUAAAAAUUCAUGAAAAUUCAGAAAUAGAUUUAAAUCCAGAACAAAUAGGAGCAUGCUUUCGUCGGGGGUUUCGUGCUGACAAUGUAGCCUUGAGUGAUGCAUAUUGUUUAAUAAAACGAGGUGAAGAUAAGUUACUCUGUAUACGUUCGAAUUUAGCAAUGCAACCAAAACAAAUGGGAGUUAAUUUUUCGGAACAACGAACACCACUUGAUUUUUUAAUUGCAUUAGGAUUUAGUGUUGAUGAAGCGAGUAUUGCUUUAAGAAAUGAAAUUGUAAAGAAUCGUCUAAGUGCAGCAAUUACUGAAGCACGUAUAUGGUGUAAUUUUGUUUCAAUACCGCAAGGAACGUUAUUAUAUCUGUUAGCAUACAAAGCAAGAACUAGCACAAUGCGAUAUUUUUUACAAAUGGUUGAAGCCAUUAUCAAUUCAAGAAUUCCAGAUGCUGUGCAAUUAGAUGGUUUUAUUAAAUUAUUGGAUAAGUUAGAGAGUGGUCAUUUACCAAUGAAAUUAAUUUUUGGAAGUUCUAAGAUGUAUUCAGAUAAAGAUGAAGGUCGUAAUGUUCAAAAACAAUUAGCAAGUUUAUUUGAAAAUAUGCAUCAAAUUGCAGCAAAAGAGGCUGCCUUACAUAAUCGUAAAUUUACACACAAAAAUAAAAAACUUUUAGAACAUUUAACCACCUAUUAUCGGCCUGGAUUGUAUAACCAUUUAGAAACAAUUGCCAAGUAUGUUGGUCGUGGUCAAUUAGUGUCACUGGUACAAAUGGAAGCUGCAAUCAUCUAUUUAUCAAGGAUGGUUAAAGCAGCGGACGUUAAUUAUGAGGAAUUUGAAAAUUACUGUGGAAUGAAUCCAGAAAAAUAAAUAAUUAGAAAAUGAUGAUAUUAGUAA